AUGGAUCCAGAUCCUGGGUCUCGAAACGAUGAAACGCUUGCCGCUGUAACGAGGCGAAUCGAAGCUGGACAAGCGCAAACUGCAGUAGUGUCUGAAGCUUUGGCGGCAGCCUGCAUGAUGAAGCGCGUAAGACGGUCUCAGAACUUUGCGACAAAUCGUAAUUUUAAAUUUUUUGCAUUGUUUUUGCUAUUUUUAUCUCAAUGUCGUUGUCUUUUUAAAAUUUUAGGCGAUUAUGACGAACAGCUCGUCGCUUCUUCUCGCGAACAAUAUCAGCAGCAAGCGGUAUGCGUUAAGACAUAUUUAUAUGGGUGUAUUUAGGGGCAACCGUAUAGAAUGUUCAGACAAGUCGAGCUCACCCGGCUGAAGGCACCAAUUGCCCUUCCACGAUGGUCUAGACAUGGUUUUAAACUACAACCUGAGAGUACUGUCGUACCACAAUUAGCUCCUGAAAUUCAUCUGGUGGCGCCAGAUGAGUUUAUUUAUUCUUGCGACGUUGAUGAAAUUGACGAAAGUGACCGUCAAGUUGAUGUUUGUGCGCUGGAAGAAACAGAAGCUAGCGGUUUUCAUGAUUCCUCAGGGGAGGGCGGAUCUGCCAAGAGAGCCAAGUUCAGUAUGAAAAACGAGGCCGUAAGCCCUGUACACGACACUACUCCUCGGAAUGUGAACAAAGCGAGGAUUCUGAAGGAAUCACGUCGGCGAAAAGCUCCGAGGGACUAUUGUAAGUUAUUAUCAUGAAGCUCAUUUCUUUUCUAGAUGAAGACGAAGUUGUUCAAGAAGAAAUAGAGGUGGUUGACGCACCUUCGAGUGAAUACUUCCCUUCAUCAACUAACAGCAUAUCCAGAAGAACGAUCAGCGAUAGAUAUUCUAUCAACGUUUCCGAACUCUUUGACGAGAUUUCAAAACAUGAGCCACAGAACUCCGUGGAGCAUCUGAAUGAACUUUUCGUCAACGAUCCUUCAAUUCAGUAUCCACUAAACGUUAAUAUGCUCGUUCAAGGAGUGAAGAGCGCUACUGUGGAACAAAACGCGAGAAUGAUUGCUGGGCUGGCAAUGCAGGUUAAUUCCUUGAAGAAGGAGGUUCAGAAACUGCAUGCUGAUAUUAUUGAUACAAGAAGUGCAAGUCUACAUCGACAGAAUAACGGACUCACUGGGAGAGUGUUUGAUUUGAAUGCUGAGGUCACACAGGAAUGGGUGCUGGUUGCCCAAGCUCCUCUCAGAUCUGUUGAUUUGGUUGGUGUAGCUAGAGCGCUGGGGGUAAAGAUUGGCCGGAAGAAUUUGCGAAAUCGGGACGUUAUAACACGUUAUAUACGAUGCAUAUUUGAUGAGGUUAGUGCAUCAUUGACUUGCAAGUAGCACCGACUUUUCACGAUGAAGUUUUAACUUCGUUUUUAGAUGAUUCCGAAAGAACUGAUACAUCAAUUCACAGUCAGAGAUCGCCCCAUGUCAAAAGGAAAGGUUAACGACAUCGGAAUAGAUGUGAAAGAGCAAAUAACCGGCGCUGUUCUAGAUCUAUUGGGACUUUAUGACGUUAACAAAUUGUCGAAUACUGCACGUAUUGACCGUGCCCACUUUGCGGAUUUUGCAAACCAAGCAAUGAAAACAGUAAUGUAAGCCUUUUUUUUCGGAAGGUAUCUUAUAGGUAUGACAUGAGGAGAAUAUCACCAAAAAGUAAAAAGCCAGAUCCUGGCGAUCUCGAUGAUUUCUCGGGAUCUCUCCAUUUGCCCAAUCAAACCAUUGAUCAAUCCCAGGAUGCCUCUAUUAAGGUUGAUUAA